GGGCAUCGGACCAGCGGCUAAUUUUCUCCUAAACUACACUUUGGUUCCUGGGGCAGGGAGGCGAGAAAACUACUUCCGGGACUACCAGCUGCCCCACUGCCAAGCAGCUGGAAAAUGCCCAGUCCAAGGUGUUGAGAGUCAGGUCUUUUAUAUUUUACCUGGCAGAUACCCAGCCCACCUCCAGUCCGUAGGCAAGACCAUCACCACGGCAGAUUUCUACCUGAGGAACAUACAGGAGUUCCUCGAAUACUUUCGGGAAACCCUACCUGCCCAGUCUCGCCUGAAUGCGAUGGAUGUGGCCAAGAACAACCUGCCUGCCGAGCAGCAGAAGAUGGUGGCCACCUUUAUGUGCAACAACACGGCCACCGCUGACUGCUUCUACGCCCUCAGCCUGAACGUGGGCCAGUCAAAGAGGAUGAGGGAGCAUUUCCGCCAGGCCCUCACCCACACCAUGCCAUCACCAGAGUCACCAGGAGCCUCCUCCUCCUCCACCACCACAAGGAAGAGGUCCUGCAAGCCUAAGUACUCCUUCAGUUCCAAGGACAAAACCCCUGUCCCCUACCAGGAGUCAGGGACCUCGGGACUGGAGGAGCAGAGGGAGUUUAUGGCGAGGCUGCAAAAUACACCAGAGAAGGCCCUCAGGACGAGCCAGUACGGCAGGCUGAUGGUGGCGCUGACUCCCCUAGAGGCUCGACCCUCCUGUCAAAGAAGAUUUCAGAGAGGGCGAGAAGGGCAGCGUAUCACGUGGUACAAAAGACUUGCAGCACGGAACUCAGGGUUCCCCGGUGUCCUUGCUGCCAUGGCAGUUACUUCACCAAAUGGCGGACACCAGGGGAACUUUGUGACACGGCAGUCAGGACACUGGGGAACCCAGAACUCCCAGCGUUUGUUCAUUUACUGGGUGUUGAGGCGCUACUCCAGCACUCCAGUUUUGACUGAUCUUCACAACGGCUCUGUUGCGGCGCCCAGCAGUCCUUACUCAGAGUUCAUUGUGAGACAGGGCAUCUCCAAACUCACCAUGCGCCAUCCAGCUCGUCACGGCGCAGUGAAGCGCAUCACCAGUCUGAUCUAA